CGAAGGCCCGAAAUCUGCAGCUAAGAGCCCGCUAGUUUCAGGAAAAGGAGCGCAAGGGAGGGAGUCAUUUCCUUCACCGCCAUUUUGUGACAACAAGGAGCCGAAAACAGAGCCAAGAAUUUCAUGCUGCCAAGCUGAACAAAAAGAAAAUAUUGUUGGUCUGCGUUGUAAUUGUAUAGCCUAUAUUUAUUUUGCCAGCGGAUGCUAAACGUUACGAGCACCUAAGCGUUCACCUUGGUUGACUUAUUUCUGUUCCUCGGCAUCGUUGCUGCCACACCAGCUAACAAGUUCACGAUGACCAACGAGGAGCCUCUACCCAAGAAGGUUCGCCUCAGUGAGUCUGACAUGAAGACCCUGACCAGAGAGGAGCUGUGUGCGAGGUGGAAACAGCAUGAAGCGUAUGUCCAGGUCCUGGAGGCAAAAUAUACAGAGAUAUGUUCCAACGAUGGGACGGGUCUGAAGGAGUCUGAGGAAAAGCUGAAGCAGCAGCAGCAGCAGGAGUCUGCACGCAGGGAGAACAUCUUGGUCAUGCGGCUUGCUACCAAGGAGCAGGAAAUGCAAGAAUGCACAACCCAGAUCCAGUAUCUCAAGCAAGUCCAGCAGCCGAGUGCAGCCCAACUGCGGUCAUCCAUGGUGGACCCAGCCAUCAACUUGUUUUUCCUCAAAAUGAAGGCUGAACUAGAACAGACUAAAGACAAACUGGAGCAGGCCCAAAAUGAACUGAGUGCCUGGAAAUUUACACCUGAUAGCCAGACGGGGAAGAAACUGAUGGCCAAGUGUCGAAUGCUGAUUCAAGAAAACCAGGAGUUGGGUCGGCAGAUGUCCCAGGGACGCAUCGCCCAGCUGGAGGCGGAGUUGGCCCUGCAGAAGAAGUACAGCGAGGAGCUCAAGAGCAGUCAGGACGAGUUGAAUGACUUUAUCAUCCAGCUCGACGAGGAGGUGGAGGGGAUGCAGAGCACCAUCCUCGUCCUGCAGCAGCAGUUGAAGGACUCCCGUCAGCAGCUGACUCAAACUCAGGGGGCGUUGACCGGAGCAGGACCCAGCAGGACUUCCCCCUCUGCUUCCUGCUCGUCCGCUGAACCGUCCGCCCAGCCCGAGCCGGCCAGCGUGCCGUCUGAACCGACGGGCAAAGACUACGGGAGGGUCUCCAACGGACCAAGCAACGGCGACUCCUCCCAGAGAAGCGAGACCACCACACCCAGCCUGUACCGGGAGGUCAGCAGCACUGAGGAAGACUUUCCCAUGUCCCCAGUGGUUUCCAGCCCCGGCGAGACCGAGACCAAACUGUCCAACCACUCUGAGGAGGCGUCAGGGAGUCAGACUGCUGCUGGGCGAGUUGGAGGACCCGUGGGUUUCGGGAGCCAGCUGAGUGCAGGGUACGAGAGCGUGGACUCUCCGACGGGCAGCGAGACGUCAUUGACUCAUCACUCGAAUGACACGGACUCCACCACCGACCCCCACGAGGACAAGGCUGCCCUGGUGACCAAGGGCACCAGGACUGCGGGGUCACGGCACACUCAGAACGGCCUGGACUCCAGCACGAGCGACAGCGUGGUUUUGUAAUGUACUUUGACAUGUACCGUCUUUUCCUCUUUCUUUUCUUUUUUAUAUACAAUAUACAAACAAGGCAACAAAUGCAUCGUUGGUAACUCAGCGCUGCUGUCCGAGACAUUUAGUUUUCACCCUCCUCCCCUUGCCUAUCGUGAUGCCUCUGUCAUCUGUGUGUUGCUAAACAGGGAUACAACAGGUAUGGGUUAAUGUUAGAUUUGACUUCAGUGGAUGUAUGAUUUAAAACUAGUACGUUUCAUUCUGCUGUUUCUUUGAGCAUGUCUAUGCUCUUCUCGUUUGAGCUCUAGACACUGAAAUCAGGCAUCUGGUGUUGUAACUCAUCGUCAAGUCAGUAAAUAUCACUGAAACACGGUAGCUUUGCAAUAUUCACGGUCAUUUUUUAGAUGUUGGCCUGUUUUUUUCUUUUUCUUUUUAAUGCAAUUUUAAUUUUUCAUUGACAAAAAAAUUCUGUUCAAAAGACUGUUGCAUUGUGAGUAGUUUAUUUGCGAUGUUCAUAUUAUUCUGACUUCAGUCCUUUUCAUGUACUGACCAAAUACCAAUAAAGAUUUUUAAUACUA